AUGAAAUCCAGUACCCCUAUAUGGCUGCCAUCAAGCGGGAAGCGUGAUACUCCCCAUAUAUGGCUGAGGAUCCGCGAUUCAUCUACGAAAUGGAGAAUCUGUCGUAGUGCUCUCUGCGGAAGGAACUUGCAUUACUCGUCGACAAAAUCGGGUUUAGGGUUUCUAUACAGACUUGACUCAUGGCAAGCAGUCGUGGGCCUUGUGCCGUAUUUUGUCAAUAUACAAUAA